GCGAUGGACAAGUACGACCAGCUGGGUAUUGUGGGCGAAGGCUCGUACGGGGUGGUGCUGAAGUGUCGCCACCGCGAGUCGGGCAGGCUGGUGGCCAUCAAACGCUUCCUCGAGGGCGAAGAGGACGAUCCGCACGUCAGGAAGGUGGCCAUGCGCGAGAUACGUAUGCUGAAGCGCCUGCGUCAUGAGAACCUGGUCAACCUGCUGGAGGUGUUCCGGCGGAAGCGGAGGCUCUGCCUGGUGUUCGAAUUUGUGGAGAACACGGUGCUGCACCUCCUGGAGGCGCGGGAGGUCGGCGGCCUGGAGGAGGCUAGCGUGCGCAGCUACAUGCUGCAGGUGCUGCGGGCUCUGCUCUUCUGUCACGGACAGGGCGUCAUUCACAGAGACAUCAAGCCUGAAAAUGUCCUAGUUUCCGGGAGCGGCGUUGUCAAAUUGUGCGACUUUGGGUUCGCCAGGCCCCUGGCGGGUCCGGGCGAAAGCUGCACUGACUAUGUCGCCACUAGAUGGUAUCGCGCUCCCGAGCUCCUGGUCGGCGACACCACAUAUGGCAAGGAGGUGGAUGUCUGGGCAGCCGGAUGUCUGUUCGCGGAGAUGGUGACGGGAGAGCCCCUGUUUCCCGGUGACAGUGACGUCGAUCAGCUACAUCACAUUCUUCAGAUCACUGCCCACGUGGCUCGAGCCGGCUACAGAGCUGCCGCUCACGGCCUGCGGCUGAGGGGAGCCGGCCGGCCCCUGUUCGCCAACAAGUUCCCGAACUGGCCACCACAUCAGCUGCAGCUGCUGCAGGCUUGUUUAGAGAUGGACCCUUGCCAGCGGCCAGACUGUGCCGUUCUCGUCCAGCAUGAAUACUUCACACACGACCAGUUCGCCGACAGACACAUGGACGAGAUCACCAGAAGAAUACAGCAGGAGUUUUCAACAACUACGCAUCGACGAAAACUCGGCAAUAUCUCGCUCUUUAAGAAGAAAAUCGAUAGCAAGCUUUCCAACGGCAAAGAAAACGAAGAAAAGCCCGCCCGCCGACCGGACGCCCGUCAGACGGUAGGCAGCGCCGCCGGCCCGGCCCCGAUCCCGCCCAUUGGUCAGCCAGCCGCAGUGCCAGUGACGUCAUACAGCUGGGUCAAGGACGGUCUGGCCGGAUGGAGCAUCCUCGGCCUUGGCAGGAGUAAGCAGCAGCCCCCAUCCCGGUCCAAGACACCGGCUGCUGGACGGGCAGCAGGGAACUCCGGUCCGGGCCUGUCCGGUCGAGGUCGGGAUGUGACGGCACGAGGCCCCGCCCCCUCGCAGCUGCGGCCGACCGUGCUUGAGCUCAUCCGCCAGCAGCGCCGCCAAGCGGAGGAUCCCGGAGUCACGUUGCCCAACGUGCGGGGCGCCGCGGGCAUCUCCGCUUUGGAGAUACCGUUUAUUUUCCGCGGCGCGCCGCCCGGCCACAGCGAGCACGAACAGAUCCGGAUGACUGAGCGCAUCAGCGCCGCUUGGCACCCACCUCUACCCGUCACGGACCAGAGCGCGACGCUCGUGACGCAUGCCGUGACGCGCUGCUGCGGUAUGCCGUGA